ACAGGUUAAAGCCAAGAUGUUUUCAACGGUAUCUUUCAUCAUACUUUUUGUCUCGUUUCAACUUAUGUUGGCACAGCAAUGUGAGAAGAAAGAUAUGAGCCGUCUAAAGAAGGCGAUGAAUAAUCUUGAAAAGUCAUUUUCUACUGGUAUUAGGGACAUAAAGCAGACAUUGAUGAUAAACCAAGACAAUAGGUCAUGUUGUAUUGCAGCUGGAAAUCAAGCUAAAAUUGAAAAAGCAAUAAAAGAUCGCUUAAAGUAUCAUAGUGAUAAAGUACGCUCUGGUGAUUUUUUGGCAGCAUCGGACAUCUGGGACGAGGAGGGCUUGGUUGUUAUGCCAGACGAUAUACACGAUGGAUUAAAUGAAAUAAAAGAUGGUCUCCUGAAAUGGUUAGUUGAUAAUGGUGUAUAUCCAAAUCCCACAAUUCAAAGGAUUGAGGGAAACUGUGACUACCAGGUUGCAUAUGGUAUAUGUGAGGUGAAAAGGAUCGAUACUAAUGAAAUUGAUGCUAUUUUUAGGAUGAUCCAGUACUGGAAAUACAACUGUCUCUCAAACCAAUGGCAAUUUAAGUGGGAAAUGGUCCGAAAUGAAUGAAUCUUUUCGUCAUACUUUUUGCCAAAUUAUCUAAACAAAACAAAAUAUAAAGUCUGUUCAUUUUCA